AUGGGAACCGUCCUGUCCCUGUCUCCGGGCGCGCGGAAGGCUGCGGCGCGCGGGGAGGAGAUCGCGGCGGAGCAUCCGCAGCCUCCCGCCGGGAAGAAGCCGGAGAAAGGAGCGAAGAAGAAGAAGACGAAGCAGCGGCACCCGGUGCUGCUGCACGCGCUCACCUGGAAGCGGCUCGUGGCCGCGCGGGCCAAGAGGAAGGGCGGGAAGAAGGUGAAGCCCGAGCCGGAGCCCGGGCCCGAGCCGCGCGAGCACAGCGGCACCGACACCCGGCACCGCGCGCUCAAGAGCGGCCACAGGCACGGACCCAUCCCGGUACCCGUCCCCACCGUGCCGGAGCAGAACCACGGCCAGACCCAGACCCAUACCCAGACCCAGAACCAGAACCAGAACCAGAGCCAGAACCAGAACCAGAGCCUGAGGCAGGACCUGAUCUCACCGCGCAGGGUGGUGGUACAGGCCUCGACAGGAGAGUUGCUUCGCUGUCUGUCGGACUUCCUGUGUCGUCGCUGUUUCAAACUGAAGGAGCUCUCGGCCAAUCAGAUCAUCCUGUGGUUUCGCAACGUGGACCGAGCCCUGCUGGUCCAGGGCUGGCAGGACCAGGGCUUCAUCACGCCUGCCAGCCUGGUCUUCGUGUACCUGCUGUGCAGGGAGGCGGUGGACGAGCAGACGCCGUCGGAGCAGCAGCUGCACGCCACCUUCCUCACCUGCCUGUACCUGGCCUACUCCUACCUGGGCAACGAGAUCUCCUACCCGCUCAAGCCCUUCCUGGUGGAGGCCAGCCGCGAUGCAUUCUGGGAGCGGGCGCUGGCGCUGAUCGGCCGGCUGAGCGCCGACAUGCUGCGCAUCAACGCCGACCCACACUACUUCACCGAGGUCUUCCAGGACCUGAAGAACCAGGGAGGAGCCAGAGAGAGGGAGGAGAGGGAGAGAGAGAGGGAGAGGGAGAGAGAGAGGGAGAGGGAGAGAGAGAGGGAGAGGGAGAGGGAGAGG